AAUCUAGAGCAAACGGGGACAUCCCGACGAAUCAGAUAAAGAACUCUCCUUUUUAUCUUCUUACUUGAUCUUCGACUCCGAAUCUCCAACUGAACGGCAGCGUGGGGUGUAACCCAUUUUCUUGCCACACCCCUUGCUAGCUUAUGUAUUUGCUAGGCCAGAAGCAUACGUCUUCCCCGUCUUGCUGUUAUCUCUAGACCCUGGAUCCUAGCCCGAUAGGUAGGAGAUGUAGAUAAUCAGCGGGCGGGGAUUCUAUUUGGGGGUAUUGUGGUUACACCUACAAGGCCCAUGUCUCAGCCCAUUAUCGGUAUAUUACUUAGCUAGGCCGCACUUGAGCUCAGCUGAGCUCCCGAUUUAUUCCCAUUAUGUCGGGCCAAAGUUUGGUUUGGUAUAGAUAUGGCCGCUGGGAUAAGAUCUCGUUUUGCAGAUGUUAAGGAGAAGAUUCGUUUGCAUGGGGAUGAAGCUCAACAUGAGCAAACGGAUAGAUGGAGCAACCGUGACUUAAUUCCCUUGCCACCAAGCCGAAGAACAUGGGGGUGGUUUCACUAUUUCGGCUUCUGGACGCUAUCGUCUUUGAACAUCACUAAUUGGCAGACGCCAAGUAGUUUUCUGACUCAAGGGUUAUCCGUUUCACAGGCUAUGAUGAUCAUCGUUGUUGCUCGCUUGUUAAUAGCUGGUUUCUCAACUCUGAUCGCUUGGUGUGGUAUAAAAUGGCAUAUUGGUUUCACAAUCCAGAACCGGUUUACCUGGGGGAUGAGAGCAAGCUACAUCCCCUUACUACAGCGCAUCCUGCUGAAUUUCAUCUGGAACGCUAUACAAUGUUGGAAUGGUGGUCGGCUCGCCGCUGUAUGUCUGACAGCUAUCUGGCCAUCAUACGGCAGAAUGCGAAACUUCUUGCCUGAGAGUAUGCCAACGACCGGUGACCAAUUUGUUGGUUUCAUCGUCUUUUGGGUCUUGUCAACCCCGCUCUUAUGGCUCCCACCAGAGAAGUUCAAGAUUCCCUUCUUGAUUACCUCAAUCUAUACUGCGUGCGGCAUGAUUGCGAUGAUGAUCUGGGCAUUAACGUUUGCGCAUGGUGCCGGUCCGCUUUUAUACACCGGCGUGGCUCUCCCUGCAACCUCGCCGUGGAAUAUCUCCUGGCUCCUGAUGGCUGGCAUUAACCAAACCAUCGGAAGUAUUGCGGCGGGAAUCACUAAUGGAUCGGACUUUUCGCGAUACGCGCGAGGUUGGAAAGCCUAUGUGAUUGGGACGAUCACAUCUGGUUGGAUCACUGGUGUUCUCGUAUGUCUUGUUGGUUUAGUGACUACCAGUGCCGCCCAGAAGAUCUACGGCGAGGUGUAUUGGAAUCCACCAGACCUUCUCAUGACGAUGAUGGAUAAUGGAAAUGGAUCUUCAGCAUCCCGAGCUGGUGUUUUCUUCCUCGCCUUUGGAUUUGGACUUACCAGCAUGUUUGAGAACGUCUGCGGUAAUGCGGUAGCCGGUGGUAUCGAUCUUGCCGGUUUGUGGCCUCACUAUAUUAACAUACGAAGAGGUGCAAUCAUCACUUUCGUCGCUGCUUGGGUGGUCCAACCUUGGCAGCUUGUCAAUAAGGCCGUCACUUUCAUCCAGGUUCUCAGUUCUUUUUCUGUUUUUCUAUCACCGGUGAUCGGUCUUAUGGCCGCCGACUUUUAUGUGUUACGCGAUCGAAAAGUCCGAUUAAGCCAUCUAUACGCCACAGUGGAUUCCUCGUAUUGGUACUGGAACGGUAUAAAUUGGCGAGCGCCCGUUGCAUGGGUUUGCGGUUGGGCCCCGACCAUUGGUGGUCUCGUUGUUACUGUUAAUCAGGACACGAACGCACCUCGGGGCUUGUUCGAGUUGUACUAUAUGGCGUUCUUCAUAGGCUUCUUCAUCAGCGCAACCAUUUUCAUCAUUCUCAACAAGUUAUUCCCCGUUUCAGGGCUUGGCGAGUACGAUGAAGUUGAUAUAUAUGGCACCUUCACUACCAAGGAGGCGGACAAAUUGGGUAUUAUAUCUGUAGAGUUCCAGACAAACGCUUAUGGUAGUGGCGAGCCUUCUCUGACCCAGGAAACGUUUGAUAAGAAGGAAUAGAGGUGUACCUAUGGGGACGCGAAUAGCAAUAUGACGAUGCGACCAACACACCUCAUCUUUAAUUCAACCGAAUACUUAUGUUUUUCGCUCAUAGUCCACAUGUGAAUGUUUUGGAUAUAAACUUUUUUUUUUUCGUUCUACUAUGGGUUCUAGAAUAGGUGGCUAGAAAUAUCCCGUCCUAACAGAUGGACUUAUAGAUUUUCUGCGGCUAAACCCUUGCUCGCCUGG